AAGGAAAGCACAAUACGUGUCAUCGGUACAAUUGGAACACCUCGAAUGGAAGGAACGUUUACCUAUAAAGAUACUAUAUCAUUGGUUCCAAGGGCUUAUAUUCAAAAUCAAAAUAUUUUUGUUAAAGUUGGCAGCAAUGCAACCCUUUACUGCAUAUCCAGUCAUAUUACCAGCUCAUACACGUGGAAAAGAGAUGGUUCUGUGAUUGUUGUUGGUAUGAGAUUUUCAUUGCUCAUUGAUGGUGUGCUGCACAUACAAAACGUGACUGAACAAGACAGCGGUCAAUAUGAAUGCACUGCUACCGCAACAUUUCCAUCAUUUGGCGUUGUAACCAGAAAAGUGUCAUGGAGUGUUACUGUAUACAGUAAGUCAAUUCUACAAAUUAUCUACUUCUACAUUUGUCCUACACAGUGACAAUAUUAUUGUACAUGUAUUGUCUAAUUGAUGUAAAGGUUUACCGCGUGUUACUCUAUCUCUAUCUCAA